CAAUGAAUCUAGAGACAAUUGGUAGCAAAGUUCAAGGAUCCUCAAGAGCACACUUCUCUUGAAGAGAAAGAGAGGGAAUAGCGUACAGUGACCUGGGUUUGAAAAGACUAAAAUGAUUGGAUAAUAUCUGAACUACAUUGGAAAGAAAUGCAAAUUGAAUGCUGAAAGGGUUAGCCAGGUAGUUUAAGGGUCUAACAAAACAUUAUUCAAGAAGAAAACAAGUGGAGAACAUGGCAGAGAGCAAGGCCAGCAUCAACUCAAAAGGAGGACCCAAUGUUCUUGCUAAACGGGUGCAAAAACAGUUCAACAGAGCACAGGAGAAGGUGUUGCAGAGGCUUGGCAAAUCUGAGGAGACCAAAGAUGAGCACUUUGACCUUUGUCUCAUGGACCUCCAAUACCAACAGGGCGAUGGAUACAAAAUAUACAAGGACCUUAAAGCGUACCUCAAUGCUGUCACAGUAAUGAAGGAUGCUUCUAAUCGACUGUUUCAGUCCUUGUAUGAUGUCUACGAUGAUAAGUGGGAUGGUGCAGAGGAUCUUGGGGCGGUUGUGGAGGGAGAAGAGCUUCUGUGGAAAGAUUAUGAGGACAAGCUGCGUGAUCAGGCAUUAAUCACGAUGGAGUCUUACAUGAGCCAGUUUCCAGAUGUCAGGGAAAAGGUGGCUAAGCGAAACAGGAAACUCGUAGACUAUGAUUCUACUCGCCAUCACCUUACAGGGCUGCAGAAUGCUAAAAAGAAGGAUGAUAUUAAAAUUGGAAAGGCAGAGGAUGAGAUGAAUGCAGCAAAGGUGAUAUUCGAGGACAUGAACAGGGAGCUGAAGAUAGAACUUCCUAUUCUAUAUGACAGUCGCAUUGGAUGCUAUGUCACAGUCUUCCAAUCCAUCUGCAACCUCAGAGACAUCUUCUACAGGGAACUUACCAAGAACAAUGAGGUUCUGCAGACUGUGAUGAAAGAGCUGAGCACCCAGCAUCCAGACAAGAGCUUUGUUGUGAAGAACUUCAACCGCUCUGGUUCCUUGAAGAGAAGGUCUUUUAGAGACACGUUGUCCCCUAGAUCACUUAAAAGCAUCAGUUACAACCCCAGGGGCUCUCUAAGGAGAGACAACUCAUCCAGUUUUAGGUCUGACAGACCAACAUAUGGGUCAUACAGCCCGAAGCCGACCAGCCCUCAACCCCUUUGUGAGAACGUCUCUGGUGCAAGAGAUGCAAAAGGCAGCCCUACAAGAUUAGAUCAUCAUACAGAGGAAGGCACCUCGCCCCAUGAGCCACAGGUGAACACCAGCACCUCUGCAGAUAAACCGGUGGAAGAAGACAGGAAAGCCGAAAAGAAGGAGUCCUCACAAGCCUCAGAUCAAGAUCCACCAAAUGAGGAGGAGUCUUCUGAGGAGGACUGUGAUGAGAGUGAACUGAAACCAAAAGAUAUCGUUGAAUCCACCAGGAUCAAAGAUCAAAAAUCACCAGAGAAGGUGGGAGACGAUGGGCCUUCUGGUGUGGAGAAUGGAAUAGCUUGUGACAUUAAGCCAGAUGUGGGACAAGCUGAGGCUUCAAACAAUGCUCUUACCAAGGGUGACCAUCGGUCAGGAGAAGUGAACGAGUGAGUGACAACAGAAGCCCCUGAAUAGCAAUCAAAAGAAAAGACGACUGCAACUGCACAACAUACAGUAAAAGAGGACAUAAAACACUGUACUCGAAUGUAUUCGUUUUUUUCCAUCCUUGAUUUUAUGAAAUAUGAGUUUUCAGAUAAAUAUUUAAAUUCUGGGUUAUAAUCUAAGUUU